UUUUUUAACUCCAUCUCAAAAAAAUAAAACUAAAAAAAUUUACUUUUAGUCUGUCUCAUGCAAUCUUUGGGACAUAUACCAAAAAUUAGUCUUUCCGAGAUCCAAACCUAACCAGAUGGGUUCGCUUUUACCUGCCACAUCUGGCCUCCCCACUCUCGGGUGAGCAGGGGAGGGUGCGGGGUGGCCCAGGCUAACCCGCCCUGUGCCCACAGGCAGGUGCUCCGGGAUCACAACUGCCUGCAGACGCUGUUGCAGCAUCUGACCUCGCACAGCCUGACCAUCGUGAGCAACGCAUGCGGCACACUCUGGAACCUAUCGGCCCGCAGCGCGCGAGACCAGGAGCUGCUGUGGGACCUGGGCGCCGUGGGCAUGCUACGCAAUCUGGUGCACUCCAAACACAAGAUGAUCGCCAUGGGCAGCGCCGCCGCCCUGCGCAACCUGCUGGCCCAUCGACCUGCCAAGCACCAGGCGGCCGCCACCGCCGUGUCCCCAGGUAGCUGCGUGCCCAGCCUGUACGUGCGCAAGCAGCGGGCGCUGGAGGCCGAGCUGGACGCACGGCACCUGGCGCAGGCGCUGGAGCACCUGGAGAAGCACCGCCCGCCGGCAGCCGAGGCCACCACCAAGAAGCCGCUGCCGCCCCUGCGACACCUGGACGGCCUGGCCCAAGACUAUGCUUCCGAUUCUGGCUGCUUUGACGACGACGAUGCACCAUCAUCCCUGGCCGCGGCCGCGGCCACCGGGGAGCCAGCCAGCCCUGCCGCGUUGUCCCUCUUCCUGGGCAGCCCCUUCCUGCAGGGGCAGGCGCUGGCCCGCACCCCGCCCACCCGCCGAGGCGGCAAGGAGGCAGAGAAGGACGCCAGUGGGGAGGCUGCCGUGGCGGCCAAGGCCAAGGCCAAGCUGGCGCUUGCAGUGGCGCGCAUCGACCAGCUGGUGGAGGACAUCUCCGCCCUGCAUACCUCGUCCGACGACAGCUUCAGCCUCAGCUCUGGAGACCCAGGGCAGGAGGCGCCACGGGAGGGCCGCGCCCAGUCGUGCUCCCCAUGCCGCGGCCCGGACGCCCGGCGGCCAGAGGCAGGAAGCCGGGCGCACCCGCUGCUGCGGCUCAAGGCGGCCCACGCCAGCCUCUCCAACGACAGCCUCAACAGUGGCAGUGCCAGCGACGGGUACUGCCCACGCGAACACAUGCUGCCCUGCCCGCUGGCCGCACUGGCUUCGCGCCGCGAGGACCCCAGGUGUGGGCAGCCUCGGCCCAGCCGGCUUGACCUUGACCUGCCGGGCAGCCAGGCCGAGCCGCCGGCCCGUGAAGCCACAUCCGCCGAUGCCCGCGUGCGUACCAUCAAGCUGUCACCCACCUACCAGCACGUGCCACUGCUCGAGGGUGCCUCAAGGGCGGGUGCGGAGCCCCUCGCGGGGCCUGGAACCUCUCCAGGGGCCCGGAAGCAGGCCUGGCUGCCGGCAGACCACCUGAGCAAAGUUCCUGAGAAGCUGGCAGCCGCCCCGCUGUCCGUGGCCAGCAAGACACUGCAGAAGCUGGUGGCGCAGGAGGGGCCGCUCUCCUUGUCCCGAUGCAGCUCCCUUUCCUCACUGUCCUCUGCCGGCCGCCCAGGCCCCAGCGAGGGCGGUGACCUGGAUGACACUGACUCCUCUCUGGAGGGGCUGGAGGAGGCGGGCCCCGGCGAGGCUGAGCUGGACAGCGUGUGGCGGGCACCCGGGGCCACCUCGCUGCCCGUAGCCAUUCCGGCUCCCCGGCGCAACCGAGGCCGGGGCCUGGGGGUGGAGGACGCCACUCCCUCCAGCUCCUCAGAGAACUACGUGCAGGAGACACCGCUGGUGCUGAGCCGCUGCAGCUCUGUGAGCUCGCUGGGUAGCUUCGAAAGCCCGUCCAUUGCCAGCUCCAUCCCCAGUGACCCUUGCAGCGGGCAGGGCAGCGGCACCAUCAGCCCUAGCGAACUGCCCGACAGCCCCGGGCAGACCAUGCCUCCUAGCCGGAGCAAGACGCCGCCGCUACCGCCCGCGCCGCAGGGUCCCCCCGAGGCCAGCCAGUUCAGCCUGCAGUGGGAGAGCUACGUGAAGCGCUUCCUGGACAUUGCAGACUGCCGAGAGCGCUGCCUGCUGCCGUCUGAGCUGGACGCAGGCAGCGUGCGCUUCACCGUGGAGAAGCCGGAUGAGAACUUCUCGUGCGCCUCCAGCCUCAGCGCGCUGGCCUUGCACGAGCACUACGUGCAGCAGGACGUGGAGCUGCGGCUGCUGCCCUCGGCUUGCCCAGAGCGCGGCGGGGGCGCAGGGGGCGCCAGCCUCCACUUUGCAGGGCACCGGCGGCGGGAGGAGGGGCCGGCGCCCACGGGUUCUCGCCCCCGCGGUGCCGCGGACCAAGAGUUGGAGCUGCUGCGGGAGUGCCUGGGGGCCGCCGUGCCUGCCAGGCUGCGCAAGGUGGCCUCGGCGCUGGUGCCAGGUCGCCGCGCGCUCCCCGUACCCGUCUACAUGUUGGUGCCCGCCCCUGCCCCGGCCCAGGAGGACGACUCCUGCACCGACUCCGCGGAGGGCACGCCAGUCAACUUCUCCAGCGCCGCCUCCCUCAGCGACGAGACACUGCAGGGACCCCCCAGGGACCAGCCCGGGGGACCAGCGGGCAGGCAAAGACCCACCAGCCGCCCCACCUCUGCCAGGCAGGCCGUGGGGCACCGGCACAAAGCGGGAGGCGCCGGCCGCAGCGCAGAGCAGGCUCGGGGCACCGGCAAGAACCGAGCAGGGCUGGAGCUGCCUCUGGGCCGGCCCCCGAGCGCCCCCGCAGACAAGGACGACUCGAAGUCCGGCCGGACCCGUGGGGACGGGGCGCUCCAGUCGCUGUGCCUCACAACGCCCACCGAGGAGGCCGUGUACUGCUUCUACGGCAACGACUCGGACGAGGAGCCCCCGGCAGCUGCGCCCACGCCCACCCACCGCCGCACAUCGGCCAUCCCCCGCGCUCUUACCCGCGAGCGCCUGCAGGGCCGGAAGGAGGUCCCUGCCCCGUCCAAGGCCGCACCAUCCGCCCCGCCGCCCGCCAGGGCCCAGCCCAGCCUCAUUGCUGACGAGACCCCGCCGUGCUACUCCCUGAGCUCCUCCGCCAGCUCCCUCAGCGAGCCCGAGCCCCCGGAGCCGCCCUCCGUCAGUCCACGAGGCCGGGAGCCCGCGGUCACCAAGGACCCGGGCCCGGGAGGCGGACGCGACAGCUCGCCCAGCCCGCGGGCCGCGGAGGAGCUUCUGCAGCGGUGCAUCAGCUCGGCCCUGCCCAGGCGCCGGCCCCCUGUGUCCGGCCUGCGGCGCCGCAAGCCCCGAGCCACCCGGCUGGAUGAGCGGCCUGCGGAGGGGUCCCGGGAGCACGGCGAGGAGGCAGCGGGCUCGGACCGGGCCUCUGACCUGGACAGCGUGGAGUGGCGCGCCAUCCAGGAGGGCGCCAACUCCAUCGUCACGUGGCUGCACCAGGCAGCAGCUGCCACGCGCGAGGCCUCGUCCGAGUCCGACUCCAUCCUGUCCUUUGUAUCCGGGCUAUCGGUGGGGUCUACCUUACAGCCCCCCAAACACAGGAAGGGACGACAGGCGGGGGGCGAAAUGGGCAGUGCCCGGCGGCCAGAGAAACGGGGCGCAGCCUCAGCCAAGACCAGCGGGAGCCCCCGUUCCCCUGCAGGCCCAGAGAAGCCACGUGGCACACAGAAGACCACACCCGGGGUGCCAGCUGUGCUCCGGGGACGAACAGUGAUCUAUGUGCCCAGCCCGACACCUCGUGCCCAGCCCAAAGGGACCCCCGGCCCCCGCGUCACACCGCGGAAGGUGGCACCCCCUUGCCUGGCACAGUCCGCAGCUCCAGCCAAAGUCCCCAGCCCAGGACAGCAGCGGUCGCGGAGCCUACACCGGCCUGGCAAGACCUCGGAGCUGGCGACGCUGAGCCAGCCCCCCAGGAGCGCUACACCGCCCGCCCGCCUCGCCAAGACCCCCCCCUCCGGCUCCUCCCAGACCUCGCCCGCCUCCCAGCCCCUGCCCAGAAAGCGCCCCCUGGUCACCCAGGCUGCAGGGCCCCUGCCUGGCCCCGGGGCCUCCGCAGUGCCCAAGACGCCGGCGCGCACCCUUCUGGCGAAGCAGCACAAGACGCAGAGGUCGCCCGUGCGGAUCCCGUUCAUGCAGAAGCCCGCCCGGCGGGGGCCGCCCCCGCUGGCUCGGGCAGUCCCGGAGCCGGGCCCCAGGGGCCGGGCGGGGACCGAGGCUGGCCCGGGGGCGCGCGGUGGCCGCCUGGGCCUGGUGCGCGUGGCCUCGGCCCUCUCCAGCGGCAGCGAGUCCUCCGACCGCUCAGGCUUCCGGCGACAGCUGACCUUCAUCAAGGAGUCACCCGGCUUGCGGCGCCGCCGCUCCGAGCUAUCCUCGGCCGAGUCCGCGGCCUCUGCCCCCCAGGGCACCUCGCCCCGCCGCGGCCGGCCCGCGCUGCCCGCGGUCUUCCUCUGCUCCUCGCGCUGCGAAGAGCUCCGAGCGGCACCCCGGCAGGCCCCGGCCCGGCAGCGGCCCCCCGCGGCCCGACCCGGCCCGGGCGAGCGCCCCGCUCGGCGCACCAGCUCAGAGAGCCCGUCCCGCCUGCCCGUGCGCGCGCCUGCCGCGCGGCCCGAGACGGUCAAGCGCUACGCGUCGCUGCCGCACAUCAGCGUGGCCCGCAGACCCGACGGCGCCGUCCCCGCUGCCCCAGCCCCAGCCGACGCCGCGCGCCGCAGCAGCGACGGGGAGCCCCGGUCGCUCCCCAGGGUGGCUGCGCCGGGCACGACGUGGCGGCGCAUCCGAGACGAGGACGUGCCCCACAUCCUGCGCAGCACGCUGCCCGCCACGGCCCUGCCACUGCGGGGCUCCACGCCCGAGGACGCCCCGGCCGGGCCCCCGCCGCGCAAGACCAGCGACGCCGUGGUCCAGACCGAGGAGGUCGCCGCCCCCAAGACCAACUCCAGCACGUCCCCGAGCCUGGAGAGCAGGGAGCCCCCCGGGGCCCCCGCUGGCGGCCAGCUCUCCCUCCUUGGCAGCGACGUGGACGGGCCCAGCCUCACCAAGGCUCCCAUCUCCGCACCCUUCGUGCACGAGGGCCUGGGGGUCGCCGUGGGGGGCUUCCCCGCCAGCCGGCACGGCUCCCCCAGCCGCUCGGCCCGAGUACCCCCCUUCAACUAUGUGCCCAGCCCCAUGGUGGUCGCAGCCACCACCGACUCGGCCGCGGAGAAAGCCCCGGCCACCUCCUCCACCACCCUCCUGGAAUAGUGGCCUAGGCCGGCCUUCUGGAACGUUCUCUCCCGGCCCUGCGGCCGGGUCUGGCUGCCCCAUGGGCCUGCGCUGUAGAUGUUCCCCGUAGGUCGCCCCAGGGCCUCUGCCCACCCGAGCCCCACCACCCUCAGAGCCCCCGCCCAGUGCACUGCGGCCUUGCGCCUCACCGGAAGACCUUGCCUCUGUAUCGCGGGGGUCCAGGAGGAAACGGGGCGGCCGCUGGGCCUCAAGUCCCGGCCGUGGAGCGCUGGUAAGGGCGCCCGGGCCCAGCCCUGAGCGCGCGGCCCUUCCCCUGUCGGGAGCCGCUGCCUGACCCCGGGCGAGGGAGGCGGCAGCCUUCGGGUCCGGGUCUGGGUCCGCUGCUUCGCAGGGGCAGCGCUGGCGCCCGCCGCAGGUGGGGCGAGGCUCGGGGAGGGCUGCGCCACGGCGGGCCUGUCAGCUGGGGGCCUCCGCGGCGCGCAGGGGCGAAGCCUGUAAUCACGGCAGCCGCGGGUAAUUCGCUAAUGAGGGCUUUGCAGGGUUUGUUUUCAUUCUCAGCCCCAGCUGUGGGAGUGCGAGGUGGGGGUGUGGCCGAUCCCCGGCAGGAAGCCCCGCCCAGACGGUGUUCAGGGAACCCGGAGCCCAAGCGCUCCGGCGGAGCCCAAAAGGGUGGGAGGGGCAGGGGCCAACGGAUCCCCCUGCCUGCUGCACCCCUUGGCGGAAGCCUGGAAGGCAGCGGGCUGCGCACGAUGGGACCCUGGUGCAGACGCCGGGCCGGCUGACAUUUGGACCCCAGCCCAGAGAUGCUGGCUACCAGCUGGGGCGACGCCAAGGGUCGCUGGAGUCAGGAUCGGCCCGGCCCAGCCGUGGCAGGCGAGGUCAAUGGAAAGAAGACUGAGGGGAGUCCCAGCAGUGAGCCCGAGGCCCUGGGACCUGCGCAGGCCUCUCCCCAGCGAGCCGGCACCUUACGGAGACCAUCACAUGUGGGCGUGGUCAGUGCCCAGGACUGCACUGCUGCUGAUCUUGUCCCUUUUCAAUUCCCUUCUGGUUCAUGAUGCAUAAAGUGCUAGACCCUAGGACUCCAGAGGCAGCACAGCUGGGGCAGGGACAGCGGGGACCCAGCCUUGCCUUCCACUCGGGGCUCUGGGACAAGGCCGGAGGUCCGGGGGCCUUCCAGCAGGCGAACGCAGGGCUGGGGAGUACUUAGUGCCAGAUGAGGUGAAAGCUGACAGAGGGGCCUGGGGGGCUUGGCUGCCUCAUCCCCUGGCCGGGAAGGAUGGGAGCUGGGUCUCCUGCGUGGGGUGGGACUCGCAGGGGCCGGGGCUCUGGGACGGGGGCAACGCCUCACCCUGCAGAGGGAGCCGACGACCUCUUUUCUGCAGAAUCCCAGCUCGGGCAGGUGCUGCCUUCACACACGAAUCUGCCCAGGCCGACGGCACACACUGCCCAACGUGCCUUCUCUGGGAGGAGAGAAGUGGGGUUUGAGGGUUGGGUGGGUGGAGCUCAGAAAGAAACCCCAGCCCCAUCACGGAUACCACCAUCCCUCCCGUCCUGACCCCCGCGUGUGCAAGGCCAGCCUUUCUGGCAGAAGGAGCUGUCCUCAACUCAGGGUCACUGUGAGAGAAGCUGACCCCAGCCCCCACCCCCAGUUAACGCUGCUGCUUCUCUGAAUGCAUGUCAUGUUGCACCCCAUGCUCUGGACCCGCGCCCUGCAGGAUAAGGAGCUCCGGGCAGGACGUCUCUAAGCCACCAAGGCGCACCACCCAGCAGGUGCUGGAGGUGCCCAAUGCUCCCUCCUAGGACCUCGCAGCCAGGCGAGGCUGUCAGGUUGUUUUGCGGGAAGAGGGGUUCAUGGGUGGCUGAGCAGAGAGUGGGGAGAAUGCAGACUGAGUGGGGCGACCUCCUGCCUGCCAGGAGCCCCCUUUCAGGACCCAGCGGGGAUCUCACACUUGCUGUCCCCAUCCAUGGCCUGAGGGGGAGCCUGGUGGUCUCUUCCGAGCUUUUGGACUUGGGGAUGCCAAACACGUGCUCACCCUCAUGCUCGCCCUGGCCAGCUGCACCUCUAAUCGUCAAGGGGUAGGGCGCAGCCACUAGGUCGCUGGUGACAGGGCCAGGGUUGUGCAGGAAGGAGGUGCAGCACUGCCUUCCACACACGGUAAGUCUCUGGGCGGCGCUCUCCCGGCUCCCUGCCUCUGUUUCCCCAUGUGGGCCGUGGGGAACUCCCAGAGCCACCUCUGGGGGGAGCAUGGUGGCAGCGAUGAUGGGGAGACACCUGGUGCUGCUCACAGAACUUGGGUCUGGCCGGCCCCUACCUCUGUCUGUGCCGCCUUGCCUGGCAGCAGGGAGUGCAACCUGGCCACCGGCCCCACCCCCCACCCUAAGUCCUGAGCUCACUUUCGCCUUCUCCAUCCCCUGCCGCGGGGGCCACAACCACACCUCACUGCCCAGUCCAGCUGUCUCCAGGAGGGGACAGGCAGUUGGUGGCCUCUGGACAAUCGACUCAAGGUACGCCCACCGCAAGGCCUCCCCCCAGCGCAGCCCCUGCCUGGCCACCAGCCUCGCUGCACCAGGGCGACAAGGUGUCGUCUGCCCUGACACUCCAGGGCCAGAGUCCUAAGGAACUGAGGGUCUGAGGACGCAGGGAGGGUGGAAGUGUCCUGAGGCUGAUGGACAGUGACCGCCACUGGUCCCCAACACCACCACACGUGGGUGCUGAACUCGGGCUGCCGUGCCCACUGGCGUGGUCCUCCCGAGCUCUGACAGCAUUACCUCACCCCGCCCCAUCUGUUGCCCCGGUCCAGCCCUGACGACGCACGCCUGGUCUGUCUCGGAUUCCCCCAGCUGCCACCCCACGUUUCUGUACCGGGUCUCGAGUGUUAAACGAAUGUGUAAAUAGUAACAGCCUGUCCUCCCCUAAACGUAAAGCCAUCCGUCCGGCGUAAGGGCACCGUCAGCUGUCCGACUCCCGCGCACAUUUAAUAAACUGAGCUGUUGAAUUGCC